GUUGCGUUUUUUUUAAUUCAAGACUUGAGAAGGUGCUUGAGCUAAUUUUUCUCGUACGGUAUUGGCAAGAGACAUGUCAGUUUCUCCCUAAACGUGCAGUCCCCUGAGCAAACCCCCACUCACUAUCCAACCUCCACUUCUAGCCUCCAAUUUCCCCCCUCAAAUUCUUCAAUUUUCCCUACAUUAACACAAAAUCAAGAACCCAAAUCAAUUUUUUUUUUUCACGAAAAGAAUCAAUGAAAAGAACUCACAUUAGAUUAAUCCACCACAAAAAAUGGAAAACACCCAUUAUUGUACUCACAAUCUUGGCUCUAAUACUUCUUCUUACACUAAUUUUCACCAACCCCAUUUCCUCAUUUCAUCCUAAAUCCCAAAGCCCACUUUCAAAAUCAACAAUUUCUACUGAAAAUGCUGAAAUCUUUCCUGAUUUGCCUCGUUUAGCUUACUUAAUAUCAGGUACCAAGAAUGAUGUUGUAAGGAUAAAAAGGCUGCUUCAGGCAGUGUACCAUCCUAGGAAUUAUUAUUUAUUGAAUCUUGAUUUGGAAGCUUUGGAUAGUGAGAGAUUGGAGUUGGCUAAGUAUGUUAAGUUGGAUGUUGUGAUGAGGGAGUUUGGGAAUGUUAAGGUUGUGGGGAAGUCAGAUCUGGUUACUUAUAAAGGACCUACUAUGUUGGCUUCAAUGUUACAUGCUAUUGCGGUUUUAUUGAAGGUGUCUAAGAGUUGGGAUUGGUUUAUUAAUCUUAGUGCCUCUGAUUAUCCCCUUAUGACUCAAGAUGAUAUACUCCACAUUUUCUCAUACUUGCCUAGGGAUUUGAAUUUUCUUGAGCACUCAAGUAAUAUUGGUUAUAAAGAAUUUUCAAGGGUGAGGCCUAUUAUAAUAGAUCCUGGUUUAUAUCAUCUGAAGAAAUCUGGCGUGUUCUGGGCUAAGGAAAAAAGAUCUGUGCCAGCUUCUUUCAAGGUUUUCAUGGGGUCUGAAUGGGUGAUGCUCUCAAGGUCAUUCCUUGAAUUCUGUAUUUGGGGCUGGGACAAUCUACCACGCACUCUUCUGAUGUACUACACAAAUUUCUUGUUUUCUCUUGAGGGUUACUUCCACACCAUUGUCUGCAAUCACAAGGACUACCAGAACACGACUGUGAAUCACGACUUACAUUACAUCAAAUGGGACAACCCCCCUAAGCAGUAUCCUAUCAAUUUAACACUCAAUCACUUUGAGGACAUGGUCCAGAGCGGUGUCCCUUUUGCUCGUACUUUUGCUACGGAUGAUCCGGUUCUUGAUAAAAUUGACAAGGAAAUAUUAAGAAGAUCUCAUGGCCGGUUUUCGCCAGGGGCUUGGUGUGUGGGAACUACUUCUUUAGGUAAAGAUCCUUGUAUAGUUUAUGGAAGUAUAGAUGUUGUUAAACCAUCGGCAGGGUCAAGAAGCCUAGAGAAACUUAUAGGUAAGCUCCUUGAUACUGAAAAUUUCAGGUCAGGACAAUGUAAAUAAAUUAUGCUCUUUUUCCUCUUGAAAAUCUUUCUUCUCUUAA